GUUCAACGUCUCGCGCUCGUUCACGACAACGAUCACCUUUCUUGAUUGACCUUGGCUCGGACGUAUACAUCUUGGAUAUGACUACCAAUGGCGGUCGAGGGUCGCCCAGCAGACGUAAAUCUAUCGCAGUAGCCAUCCAGAAUCGACCUCUUCAUCCAGGCAAGAAGCGACGGGCACAUUCAAUUGCACCUGGCGACAAGAUCAAUCUUGCUUCGAAGGCACGUCGGUCACUGGCUCCCCGAAAAAGCAUCCUCAAACCUGCAGUUAACAUCCCCGAGGAUGAUGACGAUGCCACACAAUCCAUGGAUCUGACCCAUGUUCAUGAAAACACGCGAAAAUCUCUUGCACGGCGCGUCAGCUUCGCAGACCGGGCACAUGUCCGGCUAUUCGAAACACAGGAACAAAAUACGAAUAGCACUAUUUCCCCACAGUCCUCGCCCUUGCAGGAGGCAGUUGAACGAGGCCCUACGGAUGAAAAUGCAUAUCCUGGAGCAAGUAACUUCCGUCGUCGAAGCUCAAUUCGAUCCGUCGCUUUCAGUGAUGGUGCAGGUGAGGAAUCUAUGGAUAUGGACUCCGAUGACACAGCUUUUGGGCCAGCUGCAUAUCUACGAGCUCAUAACGAGGAGGCGGUUGUCGAUGAAGACUUUCCGGAUGAUGACUUUGACUUAGAUGACGACGACAUGGAGGUCACCGAAGCCAUGCACAUCAAUAUUCAAAAACGACGCUCCUUGGCACUUCCUCCUUCUCGCCAACCGCUUGCAAAUGUAACCUCGCCACCAGACAAUCAUGACGAGGGUGGUCAGCAGCACGCCCCUGCCGAACAAUCCUAUACCGAAGAUGAUUCCCACCAAUCUCAGUCAUUCGUGUCUGAAGGCGAUGUCUCUCAGCCAAUGGAGUUCACUGUUCCACUCAUCCGUCCACCUGCCCCGCCAAGUGAAGCUUGGCUUGCUCUUCGAUCAAUAACCCACUCUGGUGAGACCCCAUAUGUUCCCUCAUCCGACGAAGAGGACGAACAUGGGGGACAGGACAUGGAGAUUACCGAUGCUCUUACGAGGCUCCAAGCAGCUCGUGAAUCCCUCGGUUUCGGAAAUGGAAUAGACGUUGAAGAAUUCGAACAGCAGAACAACAGUUUCAACAGCUCUGAAGAUAGUUUUGCCCAAGAUGAUGUGGAAAAUGACGGAAACCACACUAUCAAUGUCACUCAGCUUAUGCGCCGGGUGAGCCUUGGUGCUGGCAAUGGGGAUGGGAAUUCUACUAUGGAGAUCACGUCCACGUAUGGCAGUCAGGAGGAGCCAAGCGGGGACCAGUCUGACGUCGCAGGCAUAGACCUUUCAUCCUCUUCGGUACAACCGAUAGCUGAGGCUCAUGGGAAUGUCGCUCAGACCGAACCGCAGGAGUGUGUUCAUGAGGAGCUAGCAGCCAGACCUGCCGUAUUCAAACCAGCCCCGCCCCCUGGGGAGAUCUCAAAUGCAAUGCCACCCACUCCUAUUCCACGACCUACCACAGUUCCCAAGCCAUUUUCAUUUUCCUUCACGCCUCGCGCACAAACGCCAGUAUCGCCAGCCCGCCCUCGUCCUCCUUCCCCUACUAAAUCCGUAUCACCGAGCAAAGCCAAAUUCUCCGCAGCUUUUGCUCCUCCUGUUGCUCGUUCCUCGCCAAAAAAGAGGGUCCAAAGUGUCCUUGGUGACUCAGAAUCAGAAGACAGACCCAGUCCCGCCAAAAAGCUAGCUGGCCCAGGCAAACUUACUGCUCCGUUAAAUGAAUUCUCUAAGGAGCCACCCAUGCAGUCGAGCAGGCUUCCAAGGCUCUCCCCAAGCAAGAAGACGUCAUUCCAAGCACACGCAGAGCCGGUUUCUGGCCCGACUAAACGUCCAUCUGUUGGAUUUCGCCGUCCUUCGGGAUACUUCGCGCAAAGGAAAAGCAUGAGUGGAGCAGCGCUCGCUGCUUCUCCUGCCCCGGUCUCUCCGGCCAAGAAAGCGGCCGCACAUAUUGGCAGGAAGAGUACUUCCUUUGCGGACGAUGGUGACGCAGAGCCAUUAACUAGGUUUGCUGGCGAGAAGGAGGGAGCUGUUGGAGAGACGGCGGAGAAAGCUGUCUUGGAGUCGCAGGAGAUGGUGAGAGCUGAGACCAACGACUUUCCAAUGAGAGAGCCUCCCGUUCAUGAGAUGCUAGGGAGGGCUUCCCCGCCUGUCGACCUGCUCAGGAAAUCGCCCGCGCGAGAGUCCCCCGUACUUCCCUUCCUUCGAUCUCAAAGCCCUUCACGCAAUUCACCUCGACCACCAACACCGGUACACGCAUCCCCUAGGCUACCCAGCCCUGGGCCAGAACUAGAACCAGAAGACCUUCCUGAGCCUGAUUUCGAGGGGAUGGAGGGAAUUUCAAACCCAACACCAUUAGCCUUUAUCCCCGAGGGGAUUUCCAACCCCACUGAGCAAUGGCGCGGAGAUAUUGCUGAAGGAGACUUCCCUCCUGAAGAUGGCCCACAAGUCUCCAUAGACCAAUUCUUUGAGAUGACCGGGAUCCGAUUCAUGGAUGAGAUCGCUGCCCCUCGUCGCUCUACCGUGCACUCGUCUGCCCUUCGUCCUUCCAGGCGACAGUCCACGGAAAACGAGAUUCCUCUAUCUGAAUAUGUGGUCGCAAUGGCGGUCGACGUACCACAGCUGGAGUUGUACACGCACGUUAGUAAAGACCUGCAACUCUGGAUCGAGCGAAUCAAAGGCAUCUACAAAGACGCAGAAGAAGAGGCUCUCAAGAUGACUCCUGAGUUAUUCCAAGAAUUCGUACUAGCAGACGAGGAAGGCCAGAAUGAGCUCCUCCAUCAGCUCAAGCUUAUCAAGGUCAACAAGCAUGCACAGGCCAAGUCAGAAUGGUACGACUGGAAGAUGCAGUGGGUUGAGCAACUUUACGAGAAGGCAGAUCAAGGGUUUCGGGACCUUGAGGCGGAUGCCAAAGUUCUCGAAGAUAUCAUUCGUCAAACCCAGGAAGUUGUGCCUGUUCUCAACGAGGAAUACGAGAAUCUUCUCCGCGAGCUGGAGCAAGAACAGGCUGAUGUCGCCGAACUCGAGAACUGCGACCAAGAUUAUCUGAAUGAAUUGAAAACAACCAUUCAAGAACAAAGUGUUGCGCUUGAAGCCUUUCGAGCAGACGUCGAUGAGGGUAAAGCCAAACUAGAACGUCUACAGGAGAAGCUGGAGGAAAUUGAAGCCCAGAAGCUUGAAACCACCAAUGCUAUCCAGGUGGCUGAGCGGCAAGUUCAGGUGCAGAAAAACAGCACGCAUGUCGAAGUCUUCAGAUUGAAAGAUGAACUGGAAGCCCUCCAAAACCUUCACAUGUUGCAAGUCACAAAAGUCCUGCCAGAGCUCUUUGAAUUCAGAUAUGCGUCAUCUUAUGACGUCUCUGUCCCAUGCAAGAACUUUUGCCCAGUUGUCAAGGAAGUUUCGAUCACGCGGGUCCAGAGUGCGAAGCUCAAGUACAAAGAUGCAUUCCCCGCUCUUAGCCCGUUGAUACUAAAGACGGCAAACUCGCUCAUCACGAGAUCUAACGGAGAUCUCAGUGUUCGACAGAUCGUCGAACGUCUAGGAGACUACUGGUCUGCUUGCUCUCAAUUGCUAGCCCAACUAAAGUUGGUCGCAAUUAAGUACCCGGUCGCCAUCAAUCACGGAGCAGAUGACGAAUCCGGGUUCACUGCAACUAUAACAGUCAUGCUCCCUAGCAAGAAGGCGAAGGCCUUGAUAUCUUUUAUAUUUGACACUCGGACGUUCUCUUCUUGGCCUAUAUCGAUCCAAUCUAUGCAAUGCGACGUCAAAGUCGCAUAUGGUCCUAUUCAACGAGAUACUCUUCAUGAAGCCAUCCUCAGUAGAUUAAGAGAGGCUACUGUAGCAGAUAAUUAUGGUUGUCUCCUGGAUGCGUGCACAGUCGCUUUGGACUGCUACGCAUAAGCCUCUGCUGGUCAGAUUAUAUCACCAUAUGGUUGUUGUAUCUUACAGUACUUGGUUCACUUGUAUCACUCAAAUCUAUACAUACAUAAUGUGUAUUCCUUUCAAAAGGUAUUGGUGACAGACAUCAGUAUUAAUGCUUCUUUCUUGAGAAUAGAUUUGGUCACAGUCUGACUACGG